UCAUGUCUUCCACACGCACGCAUUGGGAACCACAUGGUGGCAAAGUGUCUCCACACAGAGUGAGGUCCGCCAGUAAUCAGAUGUGUUUUCUAAAUUAUUGCUUUAUAAUAAGAUAAAAUGUCGCAGUUACAGGCCCGGUUCUUCACCGAAAACAAAAAGUAUCUAAUAGAUGAUGUUCCAUUCUCCAUCCCUGCUGCCUCUGAGGUGGCGGAUCUCAGUGGUGUCAUCAACAAGCUGCUGGAAGCUAAGAAUGCUGGACACAAACAUGUUGAGUUUGAUUUCCUGGUUCGAGGACAGUUUCUCCGCACUUCACUGGCCAAUCACAUGGAGACAGAGAACAUCUCAACGGAAGAAGUGGUGGAAAUAGAAUAUGUAGAGAAGUUCACAGCCCCACAGCCAGAGGAGUGUAUCAUGCAUGAUGACUGGAUCAGCUCGGUGGAGGCAGAUUCUGAAUGGAUCCUCACAGGCUCUUAUGACAAGACUGCACGGAUUUGGUCUAUGGAAGGGAAGGCUGUGAUGACUGUGGCUGGACACACUGAUGUUGUGAAGGAUGUAGCCUGGGUGAAGAGAGAUGGUCUGAGCUCUUUGCUCCUGACGGCAUCUCUUGAUCAAACAAUCAUGUUGUGGGAGUGGAAUUCCGAACGGAACAAAGUGAAGGCCCGACACUGUUGCCGUGGACAUGCAGGAAGUGUAGACACAGUUGCUGUUGACCCCUCUAGGACAAAGUUUUGCAGUGGCUCAUGGGACAAAAUGCUUAAGAUAUGGUCAGCAGUGCCAACAGAGGAAGAGGAUGAAAUAGAGGAACCCAACAGGCCACGCAAAAAACAGAAAACGGAGCAGAUGGGGCUCACGCGGACUCCCCUCAUGACUCUUUCUGGCCAUAAUGAGGCAGUGUCCUCAGUGCUCUGGAUGGAUGCAGAAGAACUGUGCAGUGCAUCAUGGGAUCAUACCAUCCGUCUAUGGGAUGCAGAGACUGGUGGGCAGAAGAGUACGCUAACGGGCAGUAAGGUUUUCAACUGUAUCUCAUACUCUCUACUGUGUCGCCGUCUGGCCUCGGGCAGCACCGACAGACAUGUGCGUCUAUGGGACCCAAGAUCUAAAGAUGGCUCUCUAGUUCUCUUGUCACUGACAUCCCAUAAUGGUUGGGUGACAACGGUCAGGUGGUCUCCAUCUCAUGAGCAUCAACUGGUGUCAGGAUCUCUAGAUAAUGUGGUCAAACUGUGGGAUACCAGGAGCUGUAAAGCUCCACUGUAUGAUCUUGCUGCCCAUGAAGACAAAGUACUGUGUGCUGACUGGACAGAGAAUGGGUUGAUUUUGAGUGGAGGAGCAGAUAACAAACUCUACACAUACAGAUACUCCGCCUGCGUCUCGGAUGCAGGAGCAUAGAACAAUCUUCUCUGUUGCCAAGACCACAGCAUAUCCGUCAUUUUACUUAAGGAUCACCAUGGGAACAUAAGCGGCGUCUCCUUUGCUUUAUAACUUACAAAAAUGUUAUUCUGGAAACCAGCUACAAACAGAAAAGAAGACCUUACAGCCUUACAAGAGACAAACGCAUCUGUGUAAAUCAUGUGUAAAACCAUUCUUGCAUUCGAUUCAAUAGGGCGAUUUAUGUAUGAAUAGUUUUAAGAAUGAUUUACACAAAUUUGUUCUUCUGUUUCACGAAUAAGGCCUAUUGUUUCAUUCAGUUCUUGAGUAAAUUAUCCAAUUCAGUUCAACUCAAAGCAACAAUUUACAUAAGAAUGGGUUUACCAAUAAUUUACACAUUAAUAAGCGCUGUUCAUGUUUUAUGUGUAAGGCAUAGUCUUAUGUUUUUGUUUGCUUUUAAAUUGUGUUUAAUCCUAUGAUGCUCAAUACAGUGUCUGAAACCAGUCAUGUCUUUUUUUUACUCUGUUGCCUUUCAUAUAGAACAAAUAUUGAAUGAUACAUUUGUGAAAUUGUUGGUUAGUUGUGUGAAUUGUGAAGUGUUCUGAAGUUUAAAUAUUUUUAAAUUAGAAUUUGUUUUGAAUGCGAGUUCUUUCACACAUUACGUCCUGUCAUUAAAUAUUAUACUCUUUCAGACGAUGUUGAUCUUUGGACUGUAUUGUAGUGAAAUAAAUUCUAAAUUACAGUUAAAA